UUUAUAUGGUGAGCUCAUAAAUAGUUAUAAGUUAAACACUCUCUCACAGUCAGUAGGAUCUAACAAGUUUUGUUGUGAUGAUGACUCUAGUCUGAAUUUAACACAUCAUGCUUGCUCUAAGUUAACUAGCCAUAAUAACUUUGUUCACAGCUUCACUUUCAUCCUUCAUUCUUUAACAACAACACUUCAGAGGAAUGGUAUUUCUACUUCUGUUUGGGUUUUUUGAGUUUCUCAUCUAUGAUAUUCCUCUGAACCAACUUCAGUACUUACUCCUGCUUUUUUGCUCGGAGGCUUUGCCUUCAGCGAGACACCUUCGGACCUAUCGACUUUUGUCCAAGACUACUCCGUAGAUUAGAGAGAUAUACGCCGCUCAAUCCAAAUGACUCGAGAGGUUCUUCAAAUUUCUCCCUGAGGACGGGAAAUAUCAGCUCUCCUCCGAGGAUGUGGUGCAUUGUGUGACAGAUGCCAGUCUACACCAACUUGUUUCGAGCCUCGACACUGGUCUUUUACGCCCCAUAAAGGUAAGUUAACGGUGCUAAAACUCUCCCUGCUAUUACUCCUUCCCCUUGUUUUGGCGUGGAGGGCUCGAUGGAAGAACUCAACUCUAUGGGUUUUCAAGUCUAUCUCGCGGAUCGAACAGAAACGUCUACGGAACCAGUGUCUUUCAAGGGAUGGCCAAAUGUGUGUGAUAUCGAAAGCUCACGACGUGGAUGCCCAUCCAUCCCAUCCCCUGAUUCGUUGUUUUCUCCAAUUCAAAGCGCCCACAUUAUCCCGUUCUUCCUGGGUAGCUUUUCUAGUGAAGCAGAGCGUCUCAGAACUUCUGCAAUAUGGUCAAACAUAUAUCGCUACUUCCCAAGUUUGCGUUCUCGCAUGAAUUUUACCUUAGACAAUGUUAUCGACGAGGAG